UCGUGUCUUUAGCACUGUUGGGUGGCUAUGGCGUCCGGUAUGAAACCCUAGCGGCGGGGCGACGGCAAGGCGAGGGCGUGUUGUAGCGCCAUUGUGCUGCGUCUCGUUUCUUUCUCUGAGGAUUUGAUCUGGGAGAAAUUUUGGAGCAGAUCUGGUCCCUUUUUCUUGUUUUCUUGAGAAAUAGAUAGGAUUUCCUAGUGUAGCAGCAGGCAAUUCCUUUGCGAAUCGAGCGUCUCGUCUAGUUCUUUAGCCUCGAUUUUGUGAAUGGCGGCCACGACUUCGUUGCCCCCGGGAUUUGGGGGCCUGGCGAUGAUGCGGCCACACGAAAAUCCCCCGACUAGGCUCCGGCGUUCGAGGGGAAAGAGGGUUUCAUGGGCACCGGCGGAUCAUCUUUGUCAGGUGCGCAUGUUUCUCGCGGAAGACGCUCCCUUUCGUGCCGGAAUUCCACAAGACCAAGACGAGCUCCAAGGGAAAACGUCGACCUUUAUGCAAAGAACCGAUGAUCUUCCUCCGGGAUUUGGCGGCGGCGUGGUUUCGUGCUUGAAGACCGAUGCCGAGCUUGUUGCUGCCUCUGUAGCUGCCGCUAUCCCCUGGAAGUCCCCCCAAAAGAUCGAACUAGAUUCCUCGUGGCACGUAGAAGCUGGCGAAGGGAGCAGCGAGGUAGAAAUCCAGCGACAACGGGAGACCAAAACUCUAGAAGCAGUGUAUCCACGCUCCACCGCGAUCCCCAGCAGUCCUUCGGAAGCUCCAAAUGAGAUCCAGCCCCCUCUGGACGACAGGCUAGUGUUGGUUAUCCCCGUGUCAGCUCCGGACGAAGACUCGGACGGGGACGAGGCACCCUCCUCGUCCUCCACAUCGGGGCAAGGUAAAACUGGGUGUGAUAGGCCAUACAACAGCUACGGGUUUAACCACACGGCAGUUUCUAACGAGGCCGCCAUCGCCGCCGCCGUAGACCCAAGCCUGCUUUUACAAUUGCUAGCAAACCCGUCGCUCGUUGAGACCCUUUCGGGUGUACGAAACAAUUCAUUGGUAAAUACAUCAAAUGGAAAUGGUUCAGUGCCUCCGAAUCAAUUGGUGGCAGGAGUCAAGAACUUAACCAGUAACUCCACCACUGUUAGCACCAUCACCCAAAAUGUUUCGUCCAUGGGUUUUUCAGAGGCGGCGGCUGCUGUUUCUUCAUAUCCCCCGCCACCGCCGCCGCCGCAUCCUUCUCUCGGAUCAUCCCCGCCGGCUGCUUCUAGCUCUGGUUCUGCUCCAGCUCCGGCUCCUCCAGGGACAGCUUCGGUUUCUUCGUCGUCAGCUCCGGCUUGGGUCAGUCCCUUUCAAGCUCAGCGGGCUUCGGUGUCGACGAGCGAUGAGAUCUUCGGGGGGUUUUCAGCCAUGAACAAGAGUCCGAUGAUGGUUCAACCGCAGCAGCAGCAGCAACAGUUUAUGUAUCCCACCUCGCAGCCGCAGCAACAUCAGCAGCAACAGAAUUUGACGAGGCAAAGCGAGCUCUACUUCCGGGAUCUUGUCAUGCAACACGGUGCUAAUGGUGGUGGUGGUGGUGGUGGUGGUGGUGGCGGUGGUCUCGCAGGAAACCAGAAUGGUUACUAUGGCAAUGGGUUGGUUCCGGGGAUGGAGACAGGGAACAAGGGGAUGAGCAGGGCACGCAACAGCAGGACGUGUGCGUAUUUCAACACGCCGAAGGGGUGCAGGAACGGGCUCAAGUGUCCGUUUGUACACGACGGCAAGAGAGCUGCAUCGGAGUUGACCCUUCAUCAGCACCAACAGCAAGCCAAACGGAUGAGAGGAUGAGACUGACGAAGCUUCCACUCCACUCUCCACUCUCCAAAGAAACAGAAAACCAAUGUUUGUUGAAUACAAAACGACGACAAAAGGGUCUUUUUACUUGCA